AGAAAAAUGAAACCAUUCUCUGUUGACCGGCUUCUUGAUCUCUCAGCGGUGACUGGUGAGUGAGUCCAUGGUAUUUUAUUUGUGUUUGUUUACCAUUUUUCCGAUUUCUCCGCAGUUCUUUCUCCCACCCAUUAAGUCCACUCCUCAAAUCUCUCUCUCCCACACUUUCUUUUUUCUCUUCAAUCACCCAUUUCCUUCAUCAAUCGUCAAUCUUUUCUACUGUAGAACCAAAGAAAAACAAUCCCAAGCAAACACCACCACCUCCCACCACCAAGUCACCAACAACCAGUCGCCCCAAGAAACGAGAAGUUCCCCACAAAUAAAGCACCAGAAGCUCCAUACACUUUCACCCGCCCCGCCUUUCAGCGCCAGCCUCCGUCUCUACUUUCAUCCCCUUUUCUCGGUUGCCGCCUCCAACAACCCGUUCAUUCAUUCAAACCAAGAUAUUAUACCAAUAUUUGUUUUUAUUCUUUUUAAAGGUAAGAUUUUUACAUGUCCCGCCCCAAACCCUAGGCGUUUGCCCAGCAAAUUCAGGAUUGCUUUGAUAUCCGAUACAGUGUGAGAGCAAUCCAAAGUGGGUGUUCCUCGAACCUUCAAGAUUACCAUUAACACAUCUCCCAGAUGAAGCACAUUGACAGCAUUCCAUCUGCUCCUGGGAAGUUCAAGUACAACAGGUCUAGGUUCCAAUCAUCCCUAGCCAAGCUCACCUUCUGGUCAUGUGUCUUCUUGGGAUUGAUUUAUGUUUUCUUCUUCAAAUCACCUUCGUCUUCUUCUUCUACGCCCGUGCCAUCAGAUCUCUCCAGGAGGUCUCUCAGAACCAGCUCCUACGGUGGUCCAGCCUGGGAGAAGAGGAUUAGGGCCUCUGCAAAGGUCAGAUCCAGAAAUGGCAUAUGCGUUCUGGUCACAGGGGCUGCUGGUUUUGUGGGAACCCACGUCUCGGCCUCCCUCAAACGGAGGGGAGACGGCGUCUUGGGUCUUGAUAACUUCAAUGAUUACUAUGACCCGUCAUUGAAAAGAGCCCGCCAAGCUCUGCUAGAGCGCACAGGUGUCCUCAUUGUGGAAGCCGACAUUAAUGAUUCUGCCCUGUUGAAGAAGCUUUUCGACAUUGUCCAGUUCACCCACGUGAUGCAUUUGGCAGCUCAAGCAGGCGUUCGGUAUGCUAUGCAAAAUCCUAGCUCCUAUGUCCACAGCAACAUUGCAGGCUUCGUUAGUCUUCUAGAGGUUUGCAAGAGUGUGGAUCCUCAGCCUGCUAUAGUUUGGGCAUCAUCCAGUUCUGUUUAUGGGUUGAACACUAAGGUGCCCUUUUCAGAAAAGGACAGGACAGACCAGCCCGCCAGUCUCUAUGCGGCAACCAAGAAAGCUGGAGAGGAGAUCGCCCACACGUAUAACCAUAUCUACGGGCUUUCAUUGACCGGAUUGAGAUUUUUCACCGUUUAUGGACCGUGGGGGAGGCCAGACAUGGCUUAUUUCUUCUUCACAAAGGAUAUAUUGAAAGGGAAGUCAAUUCCCAUAUUUGAGGCUCCGGAUCAUGGGACGGUUGCUAGGGACUUCACCUACAUAGAUGACAUAGUGAAGGGUUGUUUGGGGGCACUGGAUACUGCCAAGAAGAGCACAGGAAGUGGAGGGAAGAAGAAGGGGCCUGCUCAAUUGCGUGUCUUUAAUCUGGGGAACAAAUCACCCGUGCCGGUUUCGGAGCUUGUUAGCAUUUUAGAGAGGUCUCUAAAGGUUAAGGCAAAACGGCAAAUAAUGAAGCUUCCGAGGAAUGGGGAUGUGCAGUUCACACAUGCAAAUAUCAGCUUGGCACAAAGGGAGUUUGGGUACGAGCCUAUGACCGAUCUGCAGACCGGUUUAAAGAAAUUCGUUAGAUGGUACCUAAGUUACUAUGGUCAUCAUGGAAAGAAGAGCGCCCAGUGAUGCAUCAUAUUCAAUCAGCUUGUAUGGUAGGUAGGACCAUUCAAUGUUUCUGCAUUUUGGAUUCUUGUUGUUGUUUCUAACCUAAGCAGUCCAUUUCAUUGCUCCGACACCUUGUUCUUUUGGUUAUCUUAAUGAGGGAGGCCGUGAAGGGGUGGGUGGGCGUGCACACUGAAGGAAAUUUAUCCAAGUUGCCAGGUGUCUGAUUUGUGUAUCAAAUAUCAAUGGGAACAAACCUACCUUUUAGUACUCUUUGAGAGUAAGUGUUGUAACUUGAUUUGUUAUUGUACAAUUUUUUCCCACUAGUUGCUGAUUGAACAUGUAUAAUUAUUACCAAACUCAAAUAAAGAGUCAUAUUGCCGUCUGGUAAACUGUUUAUCUUAGCAUGGGUUCACCCCUUGAAUUAGUUCAGUUACUAAUCUAAAUACCACCCAGAUUCUUUUGGGAUUAAGGCUUGGAUGUUGUUGGUGUACUAAUCUAAAU